CAAUUGUCGAGGCAUGGCCAAAAUUUAGUUUCAUAUCUUCGAAGUGUGCCUUACAAGUUGUGCCAUUAAGGCUUCAAAAAUUAUUCCUGUACACGGUCUAACUUUGCCGAUAUGGGUCUUUUUUCCGAGUGAAAAAGGAUCCCGUUGUGGGGGCAUCUUGGAGACCGGCAUAAACUUUAAAAUCAAGCAAAUCCUUCAUUAGAUAAGCGUUGGGGGACUGUCCCAACUCCCAACCCACCCUGAGGGGGAGUAUACACAGUUGUAGUACCCUAUUACCAUCCAAUGAUGGGUAAUGUGGCUUCACAAGUGUGAAAGGCGCUCCCACGAUCCCCUAUGUUCAACCACGGUAUAUAAUGCAUACACGAAAGUUAUGUAAAAAGUAGAUUGGGUCGUUUUGCACACAUACUUACGGUGAAUAUGUUGCUUUUCUUAGUCUACAUCAAUCACACAACAAUCAAGGUAGUCCGGAUUCCAAAUUAUUCCCAUCCGUCCACCUGUAAUUUUUUCAAAAUUUGUGGUGUAGAGCCAUCCCGACCAUCUAUUAACCAACCACAAGGUUCAUGAAUGUUAAAAGCAUCAUUUUUGUUUCCAAAAAACAAACAAUAUACACAUUAAUAUUACACAUAAGGUAGAGACUGAAUUUUGCUUUGAAGCUUUAUUCAAGACCCUAACAUUCAACCAACGGGCCUUAUAUUCAUGCACGAUCAAAGCCAGAGGAGUGGUCAUCCAUGGGAUGAACCUCACUGUUCUCUUUACCUCUUGUUUCUUUAUGCUUCCUUCUCCUCAUCAUCUCUUUGAAAGCUUUCUUGUUCUCCCUACUAUUCUCAUCAAAGAAAGUGGCCACAGUAGGAAUAAAAAAACUUUAUAAAAUUUAUACCAUGAGUGGGAUCUUUUGACUCCCGAAAGCUUUGUAAACGCAACAAGGCGUGAGGUAGACCACAGGUGCGUCUUUGUCCCACACUUGUUCAAGGUUUGGCCCAACAUUUACCUUAAUGAUACGUCGUAGCAGAUCAGUCGGUUUCAUGAUAUAAACGGACCCCAUUCCAUGCUCAUCGAACUCAAUCUUGGUUACCACAUUCUCUUCGUGCAUUUCAUGUAUGCUUCUAACAAGUUUUUCCUUAAAUUCUUCACCAUCACUAGUUGUGUUACCUUCAUUUACAAAUUCUUUGGUGGCAUUGUUCACCUUAGCUACAUAGGGGCACUUGAGUACAUUCUCUUUGGGAUUUUUGGUUGGUGCUUUUGAUGAAGUAGUCGUGUCAUCUUUUGCAUUCAGUUUUUUCCAACCACAUAUCCUAAAAAAGAAGAUUCUUUGUUUUUCUCAAGUUCUUUUGCUUUUUCUUUGUCUUUUCCAUCAACAAUCACAACCCCCCCCCCCCCCCCCUCUUUGUUCCCAAUGCCCGCCAAUACCUUGCAUCUAAACAAGUGAUGCCAAAAUACCUUGCAAAGAAAACAAUAAUUUGGGUACGUUUCAUAUAACACAAAUUGUUUCCUUUCCUUGCUUGAAGGUAAGAACUAUCGAAAAUUGAAGCAUUAGUGGUCUAAAGACAAUAAUAGGGACCGUGGCUCUAAAGGCAAUAUCGCUGAUCUCCGGCUUGCUCCACAACCUCAUGGAUAAACCAGGGAACUUAACCUAAGUAGGGACCUUUAAAAAUUAUUCCCCAUCCACCACAAAGUCCUCAGAUAGUACUUUUGGAAACAAAGCUUUCCCAAAUAGUGAAUAUGGUCAUUCUCAUUUUGAAAUUGAAAGAUAACCUAACCUUUAUCAUGGGGUUUAAUCUUGCAUCAUACACCCCAUUUAGUAGUGAGUUUGUAUAUGGCUUUCUAGGGCUGGCAUUUUGGACCGAAAACCGAACCGAAAAAACCGAACCAUUUUGGAAAAAAACCAAACCGAACCGAUAUAAUUUGGGACCUGAAAAUUGGGACCCGAAAAGAAAAUUGUUCGGAAUCGGUUUAUGGUUCCAAUAUAUCGGUUUGAACCGAACCGAACCGACAGUUUAUUAAUAAGAAUUAUAAUAAAUUUUAUAGUUAAUCACCUUUACUAAAUGUAUAUAAAAUAAAAUGCAGUCCAAAAGACGCAAACAAAGCACUUCAGUCGGAUGGUUGCCAAGCGGGUUAGUGUCACUGACGUCCUGAGUUCGAAUCCCGGUGGAUUCGUUUUUAAUUCAAAGCCUCGGUUUUCAUUUUGAUUCCACAACUCUUUGUCCCACACCGGAGAAACAAGAGAGUUUUCUCCUCAAACGCAUCUAUAUAUUGGAUGCUUUCUUUAGUAACUAACCGUGUAAGUCCUGACAAUCCAUGAGAUUGUUAGGCAACGUGACAUUGGGCUUGGGGUCUUGAAAACUUGGGCCUAUUGUAUUGAAAAGUUCAAUAUUUUGUUUAUUUAUAUGGGAAGUCGGUUAAUUUUUCGGGUUUUGGUAAAUCGACCCGAAAUAUCGGUUCCCGAUAAUUCGGAUCCCGAUUGUGAACGGUUCGGUUUUGGUUAUGGUUAUUUGGAUAACCGAAAUAUCGGUUCAGUUUCGGGUUAACCUUAAUAGGUUCGGUACCCAAACCGAACACAGCCCUAUUGCUUUCAACCCGGGGAAUCUUCCCGCAAAACACUUGACAAGACAAAACCCCAUAUCUGAUUGAUAGUAGGAACCUUUCGGUUUGAGAAAUAGACUUUUGGUAAAAUUGUUAAAUAAGCCCUCGUACAAUAUCAGUGUCUUCACUUCCAAUUGUAAUAGAUUACUCAUCUAUAAUAGAAUUAUUAGAGGCUCAGUAUUGUACUUUACAUUAAACUCUCUCUAAUAUAAAUAUAUCUGCCAGGGCUCCUCAGGGAGUAACCUUUUCCAUUAUUUCACAUGGUAUCAGAGACCUAAAUUUUUCCUCUCUCUUCCCUAACCCGUGUUUCGCUACACGGCUUCCGCAGCGCCUCAGCAAACCGCCGCCGCAGGCCUCUUCUUCUCCUCCAUGGAAGUCUCCACCGUGGCUCCAACUUCUUCGACUAUGGCGCCGGUCACAUCAGCCUCCACCGACGCAGCCGUAGACAUCACCAGCGCCGCCGUUCCUCUGACCGCGCCGCCGCAGGUGACUCCGUCGCCAGCCUCUUCUUCGUUCAUCGCUGACAUUCCCGGUACCUACUCACUAUUUCAGCCUCUUCAUCCGGGAAUUCCAUGGCAGCCAUCUGCCAUGCCAGCGGUCCCAGGCCUCUACUCGCCACCCUUCUCGGCUGGAUCAUCGUUUGCCGGUCCCACUUUUGUGGGCACACCUGGUGUCUCCUCUGUCAUCCCUCCCUCUCGCACACCAGCAGCCAUCCCGACUGGCUCACUCCUCACAGAUCUCGCCCAGAGUAUCUCACAUGUGGCAACUAAUGUCACAAAUAUUGUAACUACCAAAUUAUUAGCGGUGGAAGACUACACUACCUGGCGUACACAGUUCGAAUCGUUUUUGGUGUCCCAAGCUCUCCUUGGCAUGGUUGAUGGCUCCAUUCAGGUACCACCUGCUUAUUCCAUAGAUGCUCUUAACCGUCAAACUCACAAUCCCGAAUUUUCUACUUGGUUAAGAAUUGAUCAAACCAUCUGUUCAUGGUUAUUUGCAACCCUAUCUAGGGAUGUUCUUAUCGAUGUACGUGAUUUAAAACAUUCAUAUGAAAUUUGGGAGCGGUUGGAGUCUCGGUUUAUGUCUGCUAGUUUAGCGAGAUCUAUGGAAUUAAAGCGUUUAUUUAAUCAAAUUAAAAAGAAACCUGAUCAGUCCAUGGAUAAUUAUUUGCGAGAAAUUAAAACAUUAGCUGAUGAUCUUGCCACAAUCAAUUGCCCUGUGCCUCAGCGUGAAAUUUUAAAAACUACUAUUAUGGGUCUAGGACCUGAGUAUGAAUCUUUAUACACUGAUGUGUCCUUAUUUGGACAAAAUUUCCCGUUUGAGACUCUCCGUAAUCAUCUUCUUGAGUUAGAGCAGCGGGUCCUUUAUCUCCGCUCCCAGGAGUCCCAGUCCCUUCAUCAGGCGUUUGGCGCGGCUGUUUCAUAUCCCAGGCAGUCGUCUGGGCAGCAGCCAACCCAGCAGAAUUCAGGAUCCACUCACCCGGUCGGGCAGCAGACUUACCCGGUCGGGCAGGCUCGGAAGAACGGCGCUCCACAGCGCGGGCGAGGACGUGGGCGCGGCAGAGGCCGCGGAGGCCGGGGGCGUGGCCGAGGACAGCAGCAGCAGGCAUAUUGGUUCCCCCAGGGGCAUCCAGUUUAUUACCCCGGAGGGGGUGGGCAGCCGAGUACUCCUGCAGGGGGUGUGACAUCUACGGGUACUGUUAUUUGUAAUUCUGCUGUGUCACGUUUAAAUAUUAAUGCUUUACCUAUCUGUGUUCCUAACAGUAGUCAUACAGGCUUGCCAUCAGACGGAGGUAUUCUCGGAUCUGUUCCCCAUCCUGUUGUCUGUCAAAUUUGUUUUUCUGCAGGUCAUUCUGCCAUUAACUGUCUUUCUCGUUUCACACAACCGACGUCUCCUGCUCUGUUGACUACUCCCGGUGACAAUACUCCUGCUCUAUGGUUUCCUGAUUCAGGAGCUUCUGCUCAUAUGACUGCAUCUGAAGGACAAAGCAACGGGGGCAAUACUUCUGCGAGCUACUAGUAGUGGACCACUUUAUCCUCUCCAUCUGCCGUCUGCAUCACCAUUAGUUUUUGCUUCCGUUUUAGCUUCUGGCCCUGUGUGGCACCGUAGAUUAGGUCACUGUGGUGAUAGUACUUUACAGUUUCUUAAGAAAAAACAAUUUUUAUGUAGUCAUACUCCCUUUAGUCAUGAGUGUGUGGCCUGUCGUUUAGGAAAAUCACAACGUUUACCUUUUAUGGAUGCUAGUCAUAAUUCUAUUUUUCCUUUGGAAAUUAUUCAUAUUGAUGUGUGGCAGUCACCUGUGUAUUCAAAUUUGGGAUUCAAGUAUUAUGUAUGUUUUCAUUGAUGAUUUUUCUCGUUAUACUUGGAUAUAUCCCAUGUGUCACAAAAAUGAAGUUUUCAUGCACUUUAAAAAUUUUAAAGCUUUGGUUGAAAAUCUUUUUAAUCAGAAAAUUAAAAUUUUUCAAAGUGAUGGGGGGGUGAAUUUGUUAAUAAUAAUAUGCAGCAAUUUUUCUCUGCUAAUGGCAUUUAUUUUAGAAAAUCUUGUCCUGACACACCUCAACAGAAGGGGUUGCUGAGCGCAAGCAUCCUCAUUUACUUGAGUUAACUAGGACCAUGCUUCUUGAAGCUUCGGUUCCGAGUCACUAUUGGGUCGAUGCCAUAUUUACUGCUGCAUAUAUUAUUAAUAGAUUACCCUCUCCUACCUUAAAUGGUCUUACUCCGUAUCAAAAAAUGUUUAACCGAGUUCCAGAUUACUCCUUUAUGCGAGUAUUUGGUUCUGCCUGUUAUCCAAAUUUUAAUGCCACCUCAGUCAAUAAAUUAUCACCUCGUUCAGUUCAGUGUGUUUCCUUGGCUAUGCAUCCGGUUAUAAAGGCUAUCGUUGUUUGGAUCCUUUCACAGGUCGAGUCUAUGUUAGCCGUCAUGUUAGGUUUCAUGAGGACACAUAUCCUUUUAAAACUCUCUCGUCUGUUUCAUCCAGGUCUAUUUCUACUACACCAUCUCCUAUGCAUCUCACCGAUAUCACUCUUGACCCACCUCUCCAGCCUGUUCCCACAAUUACGGCCGCACCAGCACCACCCCCAUCAUCGCCACCUCGGACACCAAGUAUUCCUAUCACUCCGUGUGUACCAUCGCCCCAUUCCUCCUAUCUCACGUCCACAACCAGCCCCCCACCAUCACAUCUCUCCUCCCAUACUUCGUCUAGCACGCCACAGACAACAUCAACCGACAAUGUCUCACCUGAAACCACCUCACCUACGUCCACUACGGUAGUUAAUCACCAUCCCAUGCAAACCCGUGCUAAGUCAGGAAUUUUUAAGCCUAAAACCAUUUUUAAUUUAAGUACAGUUACUAUCAAUGCGGAUCCUACCUGUUUUACUGAGGAAAAUAAACAAUUAAAAUGGCGUGAGGCGAUGGCUGAUGAAUUUAAUGCACUCAUUAAUAAUAAUAUGUGGGACUUGGUGCCCUUUGAUAACUCUAAAAAUAUUGUUGGUUGUAAGUGGAUUUAUAAAACUAAAUAUCAUUCUGAUGGAUCCUUAGAGCGCCAUAAAGCUCGAUUAGUUGCACAGGGUUUUAAUCAGCAGGCAGGUAUUGAUUUCUCUGAAACUUUUAGUCUUGUCGUUAAACCCACCACUGUUCGUAUUGUACUUACUCUAGCUAUUUCUUUUGGGUGGGGUAUACGACAACUUGAUGUUAAAAAUGCCUUCUUACAUGGGAAUCUGACAGAAGAAGUUUAUAUGCGGCAGCCCCGUGGUUUUAUUCACCCUCACUUUCCUAAUCAUAUAUGUCGUCUGCGCAAGGCCAUUUAUGGCCUUAAGCAAGCUCCACGAGCCUGGUUUCAUAGAUUUAGUAGCUUUCUUCUACAACAUAAUUUUUCCUGUAGCGAAUCCGACAAUUCUUUGUUCAUAUACCGCCAGAAUAAUACUAUUAUUUAUUUAUUACUAUAUGUGGAUGAUAUUAUUAUUACUGGCAAUUCUGAAUUCUCUGUUACCCAAUUUAUUUCAAUUAUAUCUAAACAUUUUGCUAUGAAAGACUUGGGUAAUCUCCAUUAUUUUCUGGGUGUUGAGGCCAUUCGUUCAGCUAAAGGUAUGUUUCUCUCUCAACAUAAAUAUGUUACUGACCUUCUAGCUCGUUUUCACCUUCAUACUGUCAAACCUGUUCGCACCCUGUUAGCUUCCCGUACCACUAUGUCUCUUUCUGAUGGUGAGUUAUUAUCUGAUUCUACUGAGUAUCGUAGCAUGGUUGGUGCAUUACAAUAUUUAACUUUGACACGGCCAGAUAUUACUUAUGCAGUACACUUAGUGUCUCAGUUCAUGCAUGCUCCUCGUACCGCUCAUCUUUUUGCAGUCAAGAGAAUUUUCAGAUACUUGCAGGGAACACGAGAUCAUGGACUUUGGCUUCAGCAGUCUAAUCGGCCAACCUGUGUAGUUGUUUACUCCGAUGCAGAUUGGGCAGGUUGUCCUGAUAGUUCUCGGUCUACCACAGGUUUUGCUAUAUUUUUGGGUCCUAAUUUGGUUUCCUGGAAGGCUAAGAAGCAGCCCACUGUGUCCAAGUCCUCCACAGAAGCGGAAUAUCGUGCCAUUGCUUACACAGUACAAGACACACUACAUAUCCGCUCAGUCCUGUUCGAACUUGGAUGGCCUAUCUCCGAGCCGGUACAUUUAUUAUGUGAUAAUAUAUCUGCUUCUUACUUGACUGCAAAUCCAGUUCAGCAUGCUCGCAGUAAACAUAUUCAGAUUGAUUAUCAUUUUGUUCGCGAACGGGUUGCUCAUGGAGAUCUGAUUGUUCAACAUGUUCCUACUCAUCUACAGCUGGCAGAUAUUUUUACUAAAAGUCUCUCUAGUCAACGUUUUCAUUUUUUGAAAGACAACAUGCGCGUUGUAUCUCCCGCACAGUUUGAGGGGGUGUAAUAGAAUUAUUAGAGGCUCAGUAUUGUACUUUACAUUAAACUCUCUCUAAUAUAAAUAUAUCUGCCAGGGCUCCUCAGGGAGUAACCUUUUCCAUUAUUUCACAAUCUACUACCCCUCAAUUAUGUCAGAUGUUGUGCUGAAGUUGCAUUAGAAGAACCAUCCGGAAUUGCUAGAGAAAUCUUUCUAGAUGCCACGACAUUCGGUUCUUCCUUCGCUGCAACGACCUUUUCCAAAGAUGUCGUGGCAGUAGAGGAUGGCACAAUAGUUGAAGUAGUUGUAGACUUGUAGUUACAAACACCCUGCUCAAUUGCAUUGGCCUUGGCUUCCAUCACUUUUCUGAGCCUAUAGCAACCUCACCUUUUCUUAAAACUGAUGGUCCUUCGAUGAAGGAGUUCAUUUUUCCUUAUUCCCCUUAGUCAUGUUGGGGAAGAAGAUGAACAUUGUCAGUCAGCCUCACAAAAAAGAUCAACACAAAAAAAAAAAAAAAAAAAAAAAAAAAAAAAAAAAAAUAUCACAAACCACUAUUACGUACUCCUAGUCAUAGCGAGCACCAUAGUAUUUUCUCUUUUCUUUUUCAGUGACUAAGGAUUCCGGAAAAAAUCUCUAACUAGUCCAGACUUGCGCACAAUUACUAUAUUCAAGGAAGAAAAGAUUUUUUUUUUGGAAACUUAACUUUCGGAAGCCAAAAGAGGUGACAAUGGAUGUGUCUCAGCUAGGUGAUCCCCAAUUCAUCCUCAAAACAUCACAAUUUUAAGAGGUCUUCAAAAAAUGAAUCUGCGAAGAAUAGUGCACCUCCCCACCGACUGGUGAAGAAAACCAGCCAGAUGGGCUAUUCGGCUACCAGAAAAGGAUGACGCCAAGGGAUGAUGACCCCUAAUCCAAGCUCUGAAUCCAGAACCAAUCAACCAAUUUUGAAUUACGAGUGAUCAAGAAAAAUCGAAUGAAAAGCAAAAGGGGAAGUAAAUCUGCAUUCUUUCUUGAGUUUUUUUUUUUUGUUAAAAUCAAUACGAUUCAAAAAUCCAAGCUUGGAUAAGGUGUCUAGAGUGAAUUCUGUUCAGUGAAAAAGUAUUAUAGAGUGACAUUUAGAAUCAAUUUGGUAAUACUGACAAAAAUUGAUGAAAUUUUGGUUGAAGCAGCUGUAUUGUUUGAAUUUGCUGAAUUAUGAAAAAUAUAUUUAAAAGACACCAACUCCAUUCCAGCUUAAGAUUUUCACUUGCUUCUUUUGGGUGUCUAGUUAAAGAUUUUUAUUUCUAUUUUAAAAAAUUAUUAACACUUUUAGAUGAUAAUUUUUCUGAAAAACUUUUAAAUGAUAAUUUAAUCAUCCAAUAUUAAAAAUAAUAGAUCUAUAACAUCACAGUUAUCAUCAAUGACAUCAUUAUAUUAUUUACUCAACAAAACUAAUCGUCAGAAUAGGUUUGAACUAUCUUAUUUAAUUAUCUCUACAUCUCAAUAAGCUUGAAUAAUGUUAAGGGUGUAAUGGGAAUAUAAAAAAUGUUGGUAUCUCUUUAUGCAUUAAACACUUGUACUUCAUGCAUAGUUUCUUUCUUUUCUAAUCUAGAAUGAUACUUCCAAACGUUAUCUAACUGCCGUUUAAU